UGGCUUGCAGAGACGUCAAAGAGGCACAGUCAUGUUUGGUGUCUUCCUCCUGCCUUCUGUCCUUCUGUCCCUGUCCUCCUCGGUAGCCCCUGUGCCUCCCCCCAGUGCUCCUCCUGCACCCUGCACUCGCUGCUGUGACUACCUGGAGCCAGCAGAGGGCAGCGCAGAACAGGCACCCGCACCAGGGUUCAACCACAUGCCGGAGGUCCGCACUUACAUCAACAUGACCAUCCUCAAAGGUGACAAGGGCGACCGUGGAGACAGAGGGACACCUGGUAAAGAGGGACCGGAAGGCCCUCCAGGCUCCAACGGGCCUAUGGGCCCUAAAGGCGCUAAGGGCCAAGCAGGACUUCCAGGGGACCCCUGCAAAGUCCAGCAUUCUGCCUUCUCAGUGGGCCGUCGCAAAGCCCUUCACAGUCUGGAGUACUACCAGGCCCUGGUCUUUGACACUGUCUUUGUCAACCUUCACGGCCAUUUUGACAUGUUCAAGGGGAAGUUCUACUGCUACAUCCCAGGAAUCUACUUCUUCAACGUCAACAUCCACACCUGGAACUUCAAAGAGACGUACCUACACAUCAUGCAGAACGACGUGGAGCGGGCCAUCGUGUACGCACAGCCCAGUGACCGGUCCAUCAUGCAGAGUCAGAGCCUGAUGCUGGAGCUGGGGCUGAACGAUGAGGUGUGGGUGCGUCUCUAUAAGAGGGAGCGGGAGAACGCCAUUUACAGUGAUGAUGUAGACGUCUAUAUCACUUUCAAUGGAUACCUCAUCAAACCCAAUGUGGACUGA